AUGGCUUGUGUAGACAUCAUCAUUGUAAAGCAAGAAGAUGGCUCAUAUCAAUCAUCACCAUUCUUUGUUCGUUUUCCUCAACGAACGAAAUUCCGUCGAGUCAUCACGGUAAAAGUCAACGGCAAGAAGAUUGAAUGCCCUAAUUGCGAACUUAUUGUAGAUCCUGAUCACAACUAUGCGUACUUUAGUAUUAUUGUGGAAAAUAAUCAAUCGGAGACGUCAAGUCCUCAGGUUUCAUCACCUGUAAUUGUGGGAGAGAACAAGACAUUUGCAAAUAUAGUUCCUACUGAAGAAGCCCAAAUUGCUCUUGCCCAAUACCGAAAGAAAUCAUUACCACCUUUACCAACCUCAAUGAAAAAGACUGUGGAUGCCAAACCACCAAGCGAACUUGUGUUCGAAAAGUCGAACAGCAACCACAGCUCUCCAACGAACAACACAGAAAAUAUGUCACAACUUAAUUUAAACAAUACGAGUGGAAAUAUUGCUAUGCCAAACCAGAAUAAUAAUGGAGAGGAGAGACAAAACACUCCAACAGGUAGCCCUCCAAAAUUGUUGCCUCCACUCCCCAAAAAAACUAUUCCACAAAAUUUAAUUAUUAAGAAUAAUUUAGGUCCACGAGACACCUUAAACUCUCCAGAGGAGAAUGAAGAGUUGCGACGGGAGGAACGAGAAAUGAUGUUGAAUGAUUUGGAAAAUCACGAAGAUCCUGAUGACGAAGAGAAAGAAAUGUUCAAACUCUUCGAAGAAGAAACCACUGUUUCGUCAAGAUCUCGCUCAAAAGCUGUCACAGCCCGUCCACGAGCAGGAAGUGGAGCAAAAAACCUUUCUAGAAGUCCAAAAUUACAAAUCACCAGCUCUGACGACUCUGCCACCUAUUAUACAUCAUCAAGUCCAACUGGCUCCCCAUCAAAAACUGGAUAUAUGGACAAAUGGCUUAAAUCUAUUGACAGUGAAACACAUCCUGAACAUAGAUUAAGGCCCUCCAAAGAGUUUUUAGAUAUUAUCCACUCACACAUGACCGAUUUUCGAUCGACUAUUACGUUCACAGAUACAUCUGGGCUCAAUCCAGAACCUAUUAAGGGCUAUAUCUUUGAAUUUUCACCACAUGACAAAAUUAUUGUCAGUGACGUAGACGGAACGAUCACCAAAUCAGACUUGAUGGGACAAGUUUACAGUCGAAUGGGAAAGGAUUAUACUCAUCCUGGAAUUGCAAAGCUUUUCCAAUCUAUUGCUGAAAAUAAUUACAAAUUUAUUUAUUUGAGUGCCAGACCAAUAACGAUGGCACAAUUAACACGAGAAUACAUACAGACUAUCUAUCAAGAUGGAUACAAAAUGCCACUUGGUCCCACCAUAACCUCUCCAAAUAAGGCUUUCAACGCCCUUGCAAGAGAAGUCAUUAUCAGGAGGCCGGAAACUUUUAAAAUUAACUGCCUGACUACUAUUGCAAGUUUAUUCCCAACAGAUUUUCCUUUUUAUAGCGGAUUUGGUAAUAGACCAACCGAUUGUAUUUCUUAUGUGAGUGUAAAUAUUGAUCCAACCAAAUGUUACAGAGUGAACAAGCAAGGUAAAUUACUGGUUCAAGCCACCAAGGUUACCUUUGCUUCUUACAAUGAAAUUGAAUCACAAAUAAUGAAACAUUUUCCAAAGACGGUGAACAAACACCAACGAUCUCAAAGUGACGCUUCCCAUUACAAGCUCAAUAAUGGUCAACUUGUGACCAUUAACCUGCCCAAGAAGAAAGAUCUUGAAGUUCUCCGAGAACAGUAUUUAAAUCCUGAGGAAUUGCAAAUAUAA